AUGCACCCGAUUGACGGACCCGUGGAUGAGGGGUACUUGGUCAGGGAUAAAAAGCCGGAUCUGGGUACUCCAUCAACUGUUUGGCCCCAGUUGGAGAUUGUUCACCAACAACCAACAUGUUGGCUCCGGCUAAACCAUAGCGAUGUGCGAUACAUCCCCGAGACGCCAGGACCCUUCCUACUUGUUGUAUUCCAAGCCUCCAAGCGUAAAGGCGCCAUCGAGGUCAUAAGUGAUUAA